AUGAAAAACCUGAGCUUCAUCACAUUCUUGAAAUGCUUCAAUGGAUGCAGAGAUCACACUCAAGUCUCGGGCCACGGCACGAGAAUCUGGAACUUGAGCAACAAUCCCAUAGAGCUCCAAAUACGGGUCGGGUCAAUACUGAAAAGGGUCCACACUUUGAAACCCGGGUCAUCCAAAAGGCUCAAGGGCAAGAACAUCUACAAGGCCUACAUGCCUGGAAAGAGCAAUAAAGGGUGUGGCAAUAGCAAUAGCAAUAGCAGUGGCCUUAUGAGCUUGCUUUACUAUUACGACGAGACGUGCCAUCCUUAUAUUUGGAUUCACGACACGGGUUGCGAUUUUUCGAAGAUGGUCAAACAACAAUAUAUAAGUCUUGAAGAUUUGAAGGAUUUUUCGGAGAUUAAGGUUUUUCGUGAUCAUCAGAAGGGUUGCAUUUCGGUGAGAAAGAGAUCGAGGCCCGAUUUUUGUUAG